UUCAACGGAUGGUUUGUGGCCAGUAAUCUGUUAUAAGAACUGUGAGGACGAAAUUUCAUCAUAUUACGUGACUAUAAAAACUUAUAAUAAAUAUGGUCCAUCAAUUAUUAUAUUCCAGUAGUAAAUUAGAAAGAUUUGUUUUAAGUUCCAUUUACAAAAAUGCCAAUAUAUUUCAGUUAAGAAGAUAUUUAUCACUUAUAAGAAAUGGCAGUAACACAAGUACAGUGGAAAAUCUACGAAAUCAAUGGAGAGUACUAUAUAAUGAGCCACCAAAAGGAUUUGAAAAAUUUUUUAGGCAAAAAAAAGAUUCUAAUAAAACAACUAAAGAAGUCGGUGACAAAGAUAAAAAGGAAUCCAAAAAAGCUUCUGAGUCACAGUCAUCUAAAAGUCAAUUUGAUAAAGCAUCUCAGUACUCUUCAAAUACUAAUAAACGUUUUUUUCAAUGGGAAUUUAAAUGGAAUGAAAAAAAAUUUGAAGGCAAUAAUAAUGAUAAAUUGUUUUUUUUUGGUACCUUAUUAGUGGGAUUGCUUUUUUAUUUGGUAGAGGUAUUACAAUAUCAAACAUCAGAAAUUACAUGGAGAGAAUUUAUAACAAAAUAUUUAGAUAAAGGAAUAGUGGAUAAAGUGGAAGUUAUCAAUAAACAGUGGGCUCGUGUAAAGUUAUUACCUGGCAAUACUGUCGAUGGCAAAGAUUCUUUGUGGUUCAGCAUUGGUAGUGUUGAAACUUUUGAACGUAAUUUGGAGAAUGCACAAAUAGAUUUAAAUAUAGAACCACAAAAUUAUAUAUUAGUACAUUACAAGGAUGAGAUAGAAUUACAGCAUAUCGUAAAGUUAAUACCACAACUUAUUGUGUAUGGUAUGAUGUUUUAUGUAAUUCGUAAAUCAGCAAUGCAGUUUGGCAAAGGAAGAAAAAGUGGUCUUUUUGGUCCAUUAAUGGAAUCAACUGCAAAAUUAGUCAAUUCUAAAGAUAUUGGUGUUCAGUUUAAAGAUGUUGCUGGAUGUGAAGAAGCAAAGAUUGAAAUUAUGGAAUUUGUAAACUUUUUAAAAAAUCCACAACAAUAUAUGGACCUUGGGGCUAAGAUACCUAAAGGAGCAAUACUUACAGGUCCACCGGGUACUGGUAAAACAUUAUUAGCUAAGGCUACAGCUGGUGAAGCAGGUGUACCCUUUAUUAGUGUGUCAGGUUCUGAAUUUCUGGAAAUGUUUGUUGGUGUUGGUCCAUCAAGAGUUCGGGACAUGUUCUCACUCGCACGAAAACAUGCUCCGUGCAUAUUGUUUAUCGAUGAGAUUGAUGCCGUUGGAAGAAAAAGAGCAAGUCGAAAUUUUGGCGGACACUCAGAACAAGAAAAUACUCUUAAUCAACUUCUAGUUGAAAUGGAUGGUUUCAAUACUACUACUAAUGUAGUUGUGUUAGCGGCGACCAACAGAAUAGAUAUUUUAGAUAAAGCUUUGCUCCGACCCGGAAGGUUUGAUAGACAAAUUUAUGUUCCUGCUCCAGAUAUUAAAGGUCGUGCUUCUAUUUUUAAAGUACAUUUACAACCUUUAAAAAUUACAAUAGAUAAAGAUCAGUUAGCUAGAAAAAUGGCUUCCUUAACGCCUGGAUUUACGGGAGCUGAUAUUGCUAAUGUCUGCAAUGAAGCGGCUUUGAUAGCGGCAAGAGAUUUAAAUGAUAAUAUUCACUUAAAACAUUUUGAACAGGCUAUUGAAAGAGUUAUUGCAGGCAUGGAAAAGAAAACAAAUGUUUUACAACCUGAAGAAAAAAAGACAGUUGCGUAUCAUGAGGCUGGCCAUGCAGUGGCAGGCUGGUUUUUACAAUAUGCAGAUCCACUUUUAAAGGUCUCCAUAAUCCCACGUGGAAAAGGUUUAGGUUAUGCACAGUAUUUACCACAUGAACAGUAUCUUUAUACAAAAGAACAGUUGUUUGAUAGAAUGUGUAUGGCACUCGGCGGACGAGUGUCAGAAGAAAUCUUCUUCGGUCGCAUUACGACAGGCGCUCAAGACGAUUUACAAAAAGUAACUGCAAACGCAUAUGCUCAAGUUGUUCAAUAUGGUAUGAACGAAAAGGUUGGUAAUGUUAGUUUCCAAAUGCCUCAACAAGGUGAUCUGGCUUUUGAUAAACCAUAUUCGGAACAUACUGCGGAACUUAUUGAUACUGAAGUACGUGAAUUAAUUGAUCGAGCACAUAAACACACACGUAAUCUACUUACAGAACACAAAGAAAAUGUAUCUAAGGUAGCUGAAAGGCUAUUAAAACAAGAAAUUUUAAGUAGAGAGGACAUGAUAGAGUUACUAGGUCCUAGACCGUUCCCUGAAAAGUCAACUUACGAGCAGUUUGUGGAGGGUACGGGAUCGUUUGAAGAAGAUACUAGUUUACCGAAAGGUUUACAAGAAUGGAACAAACCAAGGGAGGGCGAUAAAAAAGGUGAAAGUUCAAGUAACUCACCAUCAGAAGCAGUUUCUCGAAUAAAUUCAUAAAAUAAACCGCAACAGCAAUUAUAAAACAUACUUUUAC